AUGUCGUUUAACUCAAGACUCCUCUUAUCGCAUAUUUGCCAUUUUCACUGUUACAAAUCCACUUAUUCUUCUUCUCGUGCUACUGCUGUCUUUUCUCUAGCAUCAUUCUGUUCGCGUUCAUUUCACGGAUCAGUAAUCAUGUCAGAACCUGAGAAGAAGAUCCUCACUGAGGAAGAGCUCGAACGAAAGAAGAAGAAAGAGGAAAAGGCAAAGGAGAAGGAACUGAAGAAACUUAAGGCAUUGGAGAAAGCAGAAAAAAUGAAGAAACAAGAGCAAGGCGCCUCGAAGAAGAGUGCGAAGAGGAAUGUGAAGCGUGAUGAUGGUGAAGAGAAUCCUGAUGAGUUUGUUGAUCCAGAGACGCCACUUGGUGAGAGAAAAAAGAUGUCAAAGCAAAUGGCCAAACAGUAUAGUCCAACUGCUGUCGAGAAGUCAUGGUACCCGUGGUGGGAGAAAUCAGGCUUUUUUGUGGCAGAUGCUAAAAGCUCCAAGCCACCAUUCGUAAUUGUUCUUCCGCCUCCAAAUGUGACUGGGGCUCUACACAUUGGUCAUGCCCUUACUACUGCUAUUCAGGAUACAAUCAUCCGUUGGAGGAGAAUGUCUGGAUAUAAUACCUUGUGGGUUCCUGGCAUGGACCAUGCUGGGAUAUCAACACAGGUUGUUGUGGAGAAGAAGCUAAUGCGUGAACAGAAAUUAACCAGGCAUGACCUUGGUCGUGAGGCCUUUGUAUCUGAGGUGUGGAAAUGGAAGGACAAGUAUGGGGGUACCAUAUUAAGACAGCUACGUCGUUUGGGUGCCUCUCUUGAUUGGUCACGAGAGUGCUUUACAAUGGAUGAUAAGCGAUCAAAGGCAGUAACUGAGGCUUUUGUUCUGUUACACAAGGAAGGUCUCAUAUAUCGGGAUCUUCGGCUAGUGAAUUGGGAUUGUGUCUUACGAACAGCUAUAUCUGAUAUCGAGGUAGAUUAUACUGACAUCAAAGAAAAGACGCUGUUAGAGGUUCCUGGUUAUAAAAAUCCAGUUGAAUUUGGUGUUUUAACAUCGUUUGCAUACCCUCUGGAAGGAGGAUUGGGUGAGAUUGUUGUUGCCACGACUAGGGUGGAAACAAUGCUUGGUGAUACUGCAAUAGCUAUUCAUCCUGAUGAUACAAGGUAUAGUCAUUUGCAUGGAAAAUUUGCGAUACAUCCGUUUAAUGGAAGAAAACUUCCUAUUGUCUGUGAUGGAAUUCUUGUUGAUCCGAACUUUGGGACUGGAGCUGUUAAGAUAACUCCAGCCCAUGAUCCAAAUGAUUUUGAGGUUGGCAAGCGGCACAAUCUUGAAUUUAUAAACGUUUUUACUGAUGAUGGAAAAAUAAAUAGUAAUGGUGGUUCGGAAUUUGAGGGGAUGCUACGUUUUGAGGCCCGUGUUGCUGUGACUGAAGCAUUACAAAAGAAGGGGUUGUAUAGAGGUGCUAAAAACAACGAGAUGCGCCUUGGCCGUUGUUCAAGAAGUAAUGACGUAAUAGAGCCAAUGAUAAAGCCCCAGUGGUAUGUUAACUGCAAAAGCAUGGCAGCAGAGGGUCUUGGUGCAGUCAAUAGUGGGAAGCUUGAGAUCAUCCCAGAACAGUAUAAGGCUGAAUGGAGAAGAUGGCUAGAGGGCAUUCGUGACUGGUGUAUCUCGAGGCAACUUUGGUGGGGUCACCGAAUUCCUGCAUGGUAUGUUGCAUUGGAAGAUGAUGAAUUGAAGGAACUUGGUUCAUAUAAUGACCAUUGGAUAGUUGCUAGAGAUGAGAAAGAGGCACUAGUAGAGGCUAGCAAAAAAUUUUCCGGGAAGAAGUUUGAGUUGUGUCAAGAUCCUGAUGUACUUGACACCUGGUUUUCUUCUGGUCUCUUUCCAUUAUCAGUUUUGGGGUGGCCAGAUGAUACAGAUGACCUGAAGACAUUUUAUCCUACUUCUGUUCUUGAAACUGGGCAUGACAUUCUCUUUUUCUGGGUUGCUCGAAUGGUGAUGUUAGGAAUUAAACUGGGCGGUGAUGUACCUUUCAGAUAUGUAUAUCUGCAUCCAAUGAUUCGUGAUGCUGAUGACACGAUUUGA